AUGAGUCAGUUUAUCACGGUACAAGUGGGACAAUGUGGAAAUCAGAUCGCUUCGGCAUUUUGGCCUUUAGCGUUACACGAAUAUGGUAUACAAACUUCAAAUACUGGGGUGAACUUGCUUAAAGCACAACAAAAUUAUAUUAAAAAUAUAAGCGACUUAUCGGAUGCGUUUGACAGCUUCUUUUUUGUACCUGAUAAUUCGCAGAAUGUAUCCUUCAAGAGUAUAACUGAUUUAAAAAGAGCUAAAGUCAAAGCCAGGGCAAUAUUAAUAGAUAUGGAAGACAGUGUCAUAGGGGGAUUGAGAAGGGGUCCUAUACAUGACUUAUUCGAUAAUACUUGUGUCGUGACAAAUUAUCCAGGAUCUGGGAAUAAUUGGGCUGUAGGUCAUUAUACUCAUGGUAUAGAAUAUCAUGAAAGGCUGGAAGAUACUAUAAGGUAUUCGGUAGAGAAGUGCUCUAGACUACACGGUUUCCUAAUUAUGCAUUCUCUGGGAGGUGGUACUGGUUCUGGAUUAGGAACUGCUGUUCUAAAGUCACUAACCGAUAAUUAUCCUGCUAUAGAUAGAUUGGUAUCUUGCGUAUAUCCAAUAGUUGCUCAAGAUGUUAUUACAGCUCCGUAUAAUGCAUUAUUGGCAACGAAAGAACUUAUAGAAUACGCGACGUGUGUAUUUCCUAUUGAAAAUGAAUCACUUUUGGAUAUAUGCAAUACACAGUUGAAACAGAAAAAUAAUAGAGAUCAGAUAAAUUACAAUAUUUGGUGCAAACCAUUUCAAGAUAUGAACAGUAUCGUUGUAAAUGUGCUUCUUCACUUAACUAGCGGAUCCAGAUUUCCUGGUAGUUUAAAUAUGGAUAUGAACGAAAUAGCAACGAAUCUUGUAGCGUAUCCAAAAUUACAUUAUAUAUUUAGCAGCGUUAGUCCAUUAGCGCUAACCGCACCAACAAUGUGUAAUAUGCAAGGAACAAAGUUACUCGACGAAUUAUUCGUUAAUGUAUGGUCCCGAAACAAUCAGUUGAUCAAAAUAGAUCCACUGCAGCCAAAUUCUUUAAUUUUAAGUGCUGCGCACAUUGCUAGGGGAAGUUGUUCUAUAAACGAUUUGAAACGGAAUAUAGAAAGGUUUCGAAGCAAAGUUUCGUUUUCGGAAUGGAGCAAAGAAGCUAUGAAAAUAGGUUUAUGUUCAGUACCUCCAACGGGACAUUUAUCCUCCUUGUUAUGUCUUUUGAAUACUUCUUCGAUGUCAUUAUUGUUUAAAAAUCUAGUAAAGCAAUUUAGCAAGUUGUAUAGAAGAAAGGCACAUGUGUAUCAUUACACGCAAGUACGUGGUUUCGAAGAAACGCAUUUUCUCGAGAGCAAAGAAAUCAUUUGUGAUUUAAUCGCACAGUAUGCAGAAUUAGAAAAUGAAAGACAGCCGGAUAUAUCUCGGUUGCAAAUCCUUUAAACUGUUCGUUUUGUCGAGUUUAUUUAUUAAUUCGAUCUGUACAUU